AUGAGCCGGGACGGGGACUACAUACCUGAUGAGGACUUCGAGGAAGUGAACCGGACUGGCUCUCUGGAGGAAACGGAGGCGACCCCAGUUGAGGAGGAGUAUGAAAGCGCUGACGCAGAGUCCCAGGAUGGUGAAUUGGAUGAAGACGAGGAGGUCGUAUCUCCAUCAAAACGUGAGAUCGCACGCCAAGAGCGUGAGCGGCUGCGCCUGCAUGAGAGGCAGAAGCGAGAAGCACUGGAGGCUCUGCGCCGUGAGCAGAACGAAGAUGUGGUGGAGGGUGAGUCAGCAAGGUCAUCCCGUCGUCUGAAUUACCUGCUCAAGCAGGCAGAGAUCUUUCAGCACUUCGCACCACAGGCUGUUGGUCGGAGGACGGGUGCACGUGGGCAGGGAAGGCUGCAGAGCAGGUGCACCGAAGAGCUGGAAGAUAAGGAACUACUGCAGGAUGAGGAGGACGGUGGAGAGGCUGCAGGCCACAGGCUGCUCGCUCAGCCUGCAUCAAUCAAGGGUGGCAAGAUGAGAGACUAUCAGCUGCAGGGCCUGAACUGGCUGAUCCAUCUGUACCAGAAUGGCAUCAAUGGAAUCCUGGCAGACGAGAUGGGCCUUGGCAAGACCCUACAGACGAUAUCACUCCUCGGAUACCUUAAUGAGUUCCGGGGCAUAACAGGACCCCACCUGGUGAUCGUUCCCAAGUCCACUCUACACAACUGGAUAAACGAGUUCAAGCGGUGGUGCCCCAUGAUCAACGCUGUGAAGUUCCAUGGGAACCAGGAUCAGCGGGCGGAACAGCGGCGUGAGCUCCUCCAGCCUGGCAGGUUUGAUGUUUGUGUCACAUCCUACGAGAUGGUAAUCAAAGAGAAGGGCCACUUGCGGAGGUUCCACUGGCGUUACAUCAUAAUCGAUGAGGCCCACCGCAUCAAGAAUGAGAACUCCCUCCUCUCGAAGGUCGUUCGCCUGCUGAGGACCAACUACAGGCUGCUGAUCACGGGAACUCCCUUGCAGAACAACCUGCACGAGCUUUGGGCGCUGCUGAACUUCCUGCUGCCGGAAGUGUUUGCCUCUGCGGAGCGCUUUGAGGAGUGGUUCAACCUUGAGGAAGGGGGCAAAGAGAAGGAGGCUGAGGUUGUGCAGCAGCUCCACAAGGUGCUUAGGCCAUUCUUGCUGCGUCGUGUGAAGUCUGAUGUGGAACGUGGCCUGCCGCCCAAGAAGGAGGCGAUUCUGAAGAUCGGCAUGUCGGCGAUGCAACGAAAGUGGUAUGCAGCCAUCCUGCAGAAGGACAUCGGCGCCAUCAAUGGCGGGGCCGACAGGUCGAGGCUGCUGAACAUCGUGAUGCAGCUACGCAAAUGCUGCAACCAUCCAUACCUGUUCCAGGGUGCUGAGCCAGGUCCCCCAUUCACCACUGACGAGCACCUCAUCGAGACAUCUGGCAAGAUGGUCCUCCUGGACAAACUCUUGGUCAAGCUGAAGGCCCGCAACUCCAGGGUCCUCAUCUUCUCCCAGAUGACCCGAGCACUUGAUAUCCUGGAAGACUACUGCCUGUUUCGUGGCCAUGCGUACUGCCGAAUCGAUGGCAGCACGAGUGGUGAUGAAAGGGAAGCAGCCAUCGAUGACUUCAACAGGGAGGGCAGCGAGAAGUUUGUGUUUCUGCUGUCCACUCGGGCGGGUGGCCUGGGGAUUAACUUGGCGACAGCGGAUGUGGUGAUUUUGUAUGAUAGUGACUGGAACCCGCAGAUGGAUCUGCAGGCGAUGGAUCGGGCACACAGGAUCGGGCAGAAGAAGGAGGUGCAGGUCCUGAGGUUCUGCAUCGAAAACUCCAUUGAGGAAAAGGUGAUCGAGAAGGCAUACAAGAAGCUGCGCCUGGAUGCGCUGGUCAUACAGCAGGGCCGCCUGACGGAGACCAAUAAGAACAAGGUGAGCAAGGAGGACCUGCUGUCCAUGGUUCGCUACGGUGCCGAGCUCGUGUUCAAGUCAGAUGCGGCCGCGAUCACUGAGGCUGACAUCGACGCGAUCAUCGCAAAGGGUGAAAAGGACACCAAGGAGCUCAACGAAAAAAUGUCGGAAUUCACUGAGAACGCGAUGAAGUUCACGCUGGAUGGGGGGCUGUCUGUGUAUGACUACAAGACGCAGGAGGAGGCCGAGAAGGCCAGUGGGGACAUCGACCUGAAGCACCUGAUUGGCGAGAAUUGGAUAGACCCACCAAAGCGUGACAGGAAACGUGUCCUAAACUAUUCGGAGAACAACCAGGGUAGGAGUAGGGCAGACAGGCCCACGGGCCCACGCCUGCCCAAGAUGCCCAACCUCCAGGACUUCCAAUUCUUUGAUGUGCCAAGGCUGACUGAACUGUUGGAGAAGGAGAAUAGCUACGAACUGUUUAAGUACAGGCAGAGGCAGAAGGAGGAGCAUGCUGCGGGGCAGGGGGCCUCGGAGGGGACACUGCAGUCCCUGCUGGCGCCCGGCCCUGACGACCCACAGCCCCUGAGCCCUGAGGAAGUCGCAGAGAAAGAGCGGCUGCUUCAGGAGGGCUUCACAAACUGGAACCGACGUGACUUCAAUGCGUUUGUGAGAGCAUGUGAGAAGUACGGAAGGCGUGACGUGGCCAGCGUCGCACAGGAGAUCGAGGGGAAGACUCCAGAAGAGGUGAAGGAGUAUGCAAAGGUGUUCUGGAAGCGUGUUGAGGAGCUGAAUGACUGGGAGCGCAUCGUGAAGAAUGUUGAGCGUGGGGAGUACAAAAUCAAGAGGCAGCGCAACAUAAUGAAAGCCUUAGUGGCAAAGUUGGAUAGGUACAAGAACCCAUGGCUGGAGCUGAAAAUCCCAUACGGGGGCGGCAAGGGGAAGGUGUUCACGGAAGAGGAAGACAGGUUCCUUGUUUGUAUGGUCAACAAAUGUGGCUAUGGCGCUUGGGAUGCCCUCAAGGCGGAAUUGCGGAAAUGUUGGCGAUUCAGGUUCGAUUGGUUCUUCAAGAGUCGAACCCCCCAGGAGCUGGCGCGGCGGGUGGACACCCUCAUACGCAUGAUCGAAAAGGAGAACGAGGAGAUAGAGGCGGAGGAGCGGGAGGAGCGGAAGAAGGUGGGUGGCAAGCGCGCGGGGGGGAGCAGCUCCAAAGUGCACGACAGUGCGGCCAGCUCCAAGAAACGGCGGGCGCCGAGCAGCAGGGGCGGGAUUUCGGCAAAGAAGCAAAAGUGA